AUGUACACUAAUGAAAAUACCUUUAGCGACAAUACUGAUGAAGAAUUGUUUGACUUUAAUUUUGGUUUUCCGUUAACUCAUGAUGAUGAACAAGUAUUGUCAACAACCACUGAAUAUUUAGGUAGCUUCCAACAACAAAAAGAACAUUUACAAGAAGAUUUUUCAACAACUUCAGUUGAUUCUGUCUUUGUUGAUGAUCAAGAUUUGGUUGAUGGUUUUGCUGCUUUGGAGCAACAAGAAGCUCAACUUAUGAGCAAUUUGCAUGCUUUUGUCUCCAUGUAUUCUACAGUAGAGAUGGAUAUUCUUGUUGAUCAAUAUUCAUUAGCUUCACCAACAACAAGAACUUUCCUCAGUCUUGAUCAAAACACUUCUCCUGAAAGUGUUGUCGAUCAAGUUGUUAUUGGCAAGAAGUCUUCCAAAGACAUCUCCAAAGGAAAGUUUGAACACUCUUCGUUUGUGGAAAAGAGAACCAAGAAGGCAAAGAAAUCAGAAGAGCAAUCGAUCAAGAAACGUGCAAAGAAGUCUUCUCCUGAUUUAUGGGAACACACAAAAUUCUCUGAGAGUGCACCUUACUUUGAGAUUGUCACUGAUGUGAAGGAGAUGGAGCUGAUUCUUGAAGUAGCUCAAACAAAACGAAGACAAAAUGGUCCACUAAAUUCAGAUAAGAAUGAUAUUGUCCAUUACUGUGAUUUGUCGUACAAGAUUGAACAAUUGGAUAUCAACAAGGUAAAUUAUGUUUCCCUUAAAGGUUUACUUGAUAAGAAGACCAUUUACAAUGGUGAAAAGUCAUCCAAAAGUUAUACAUGGAUUAGAUUGAAGGGUACGUCAGAGUACUUCUUUUUAUAUUGCCAAACUGGCAAAACCAAUGCUGUUCAUAACAUCAUGUCAAUCAACAAUACUGAACUGGUCAGUACAAGAUCUGACCAUCUCUCUAAAUAUUCUGCAAAAUGUUCUGACACUGUCAGAAUCAUAGGUCCAAAACAAACCAAGUACUAA